AUUUAUCAACGCCUCGUAGACAACUCGCUGUAUGGAUUUUUGAAAAUCUCGCGAUCCGGCGACGCUGGGGCUACAACGGACGUGUUCCAGACAGGGAUCGCGGACGAUCCUGAUCGCGAGUCAGUGUUGGGACGGAGAUCAUAUAUUGGCGACAUCAUGAUCGGAGCAGAAUCGGUGGAAGAUCUGUUGGAGGCUUGCGAUAAGUGGAGUUUGUCGAUCAGUGUAGCCAAGAGCUUUUGGGGCAUGGAUAAAGUGAGAUAUCUGAUACACCGAGUGUCGAUCGGAGGUCUGGAAGCGAACCCGAAAGAUCUGAAAUCUCUGACAGAUCUGCCAUUCCCCGGAUCACUUUGA